CGCGAAUAUAAUAUUUUCUCCGAUCGAGCUGACGUCUUCGUCAACGAGCAAAAACCGAGUAGACCAUAAUCGUCGAGCACUCUGCCUGAGAACCAUUUCCCCUCACCCCUAAACAGGAAUUACCCCGAAAUGUACGCUGACAGCUGCAUCAUAGGUGCGCCCUUCAUCAUGCCUUUCCCCCCUAAGGCCCGAGGAAUGCGGACAGGGCUUUUCCACACGACGCGCGUGCUGAGCCGAACGACGGCUGCGGAUCCUGCCCAUCUGGGGUGCAGCAUCAGCCGUCCAGUCCGUCCCGCGACACGAAAACGCGUCAUGUCGGUCUCAUGGAGGAUCCCAUGCAUCAAAGUCGAAACGGGUCCAGGAACUCAUCGCGGUCAUACUUGGCCCUUCCCUCUGGUGAGUUAUCAGGAGACGGAGCACGUUCACGUUGUAUGAACGUGACAUUGUCCACCGAGGUUCGAUCGCAAAGUCAGUUCGGCCUUCAUACGGACGUGAAAGGCGAGGUGAACAACUCAAGGUUUCGUUCAUGACGGGCAAUGUCGUAUUGACCUCACGAUUUUCCAUGCGAACUUGCCCACACCCGCGUGUCGACCAUCGCGGUGUCGAACGUGACCCGAACGUUCGUUCCCUCGAGAGUUCACAGCGUUCUCUGGGCGAGUCCGAGUCCGAGAUCGUGCAUCGCAAGGAAGGGCCCCCUGUCUAGUGGCGUACGUGGGGAUGGCGCUAGUCCAAGCCAGCC